AUGUGUUGGGUGUUGCAGGAGCAGGUUGUGAUGGUUAGGGUUCUUCAGCGAAGUUCAAACAAAUUGUCGCGAAUUGAAAUUGAAAUUGGGAGGAUUGGGAAGAGAAAGAGAGAGGGGGGAGAUCGGACGACUGACUCAAAAGAAAAGAGGACGGAAUCGGUCACGACUCGGUCCUCCGCUCUGACUCGGAGGUCCCUCCCCAACAUCCCGCGCUCUACUGUUUAG